GAAGUGAUAUUCACGUGUCAACCUGGCUAGUUCAGUUCCGUUCGUUGCGGAGGAGGAGCUGUGCGUGGUGAAGUUGGCUGAAACGAUAGAAGAGCAUAUGCCAUAGCAUGUGUUUAUAGUAGAGCUAUUUGCUUAUAGUUUUACUAACUGAAUUACCGUGGUCUGAUUUGACGAGAUGACACAAAACUGCAGACCCCUCAAGCGCCCUGGUGUCGGAGUAGGGGUUCUGGUCACAGAUUCAGCUCACUCCAGCUGCGUCCUCGUUGGAAAGAGAAAAAGUGCAAUGGGCAAAGGAACGUAUCAGCUACCUGGCGGUCAUCUAGAAUUUGGAGAGACCUGGGAAGAAUGCGCACACAGGGAGGUGAUGGAAGAGGCAGGAGUGCGCCUGAAAGAAGUCAGGUUCGCAUCCGUGGUGAACUCCAUCAAGCUCGAUGAGCAGUACCACUACAUCACCAUCAUCAUGCAAGGAGAAGUGGACAGGAGCUACCCAGCAGAACCAGUCAAUCUCGAACCAGAGAAAAAUGAAGGUUGGACAUGGACACGGUGGGACCAGUUUUCUCAAGAGGACCAACUCUUCCUGCCUCUGGCCUGCCUGAGACAACAGGGCUUCCAGCCGUUCAACACCACAUAACACUGCAGCUACGCAGAAACAGAGAAGAGAGGGGCGAAGCACAGGGAUAGAAGACACAUCCAUUAGAACUGCUUUGUAGGACCUAAACCAUUCAGGCUGUUGGGUAUACAUGGUAACGGUUGAACUAAUGUUGAUUAGCACCUUUGGUUGGGUAAACAUGGCAACGGUUGAACUAAUGUUGAUUAGCACCUUUGGUUGGGUAAACAUGGUAACGGUUGAACUAAUGUUGAUUAGCACCUUUGGUUGGGUAAACAUGGCAACGGUUGAACUAAUGUUGAUUAGCACCUUUGGUUGGGUAAACAUGACAACGGUUGAACUAAUGUUGAUUAGCACCUUUGGUUGGGUAAACAUGGUAACGGUUGAACUAAUGUUGAUUAGCACCUUUGGUUGGGUAAACAUGGUAACGGUUGAACUAAUGUUGAUUAGCACCUUUGGUUGGGUAAACAUGGUAACGGUUGAACUAAUGUUGAUUAGCACCUUUGGUUGGGUAAACAUGGUAACGGUUGAACUAAUGUUGAUUAGCACCUUUGGUUGGGUAAACAUGGUAACGGUUGAACUAAUGUUGAUUAGCACCUUUGGUUGGGUAAACAUGGCAACGGUUGCUGGACUUAUGAGGCGACAGCUCAUGGAUCUAACAGAAGGAAGUUAUGACAACAAAUCAUUACGGUUUGAGUGUAUUUAUUUAAAUGAAAUGUUAAUGCAAAGCACACUGUACUACAAAUAACCUGUAUGUGUUUUGUCAAUAUUAAAAGUAACAUAAGAAGUA